AUGACGAUGGGUGGCAGCGAUAGCUACCGUGCAGCGAGGGACAGAGGCAACCAGUUUGUGAAGCUCGGCCAGGAUCAGGAUGCUUUGGAGGCCUACGCGGAAGCUCUACAGCUUGCUGAGACUGAGGAGCUGUGCGUGCCGCUCUUGGCCAAUCGGGCCCUGGUGACGCUGCGGCUGGGCCGAUAUGCGGAAACAUUGGCCGACUGCGACCGGGUUCUGGCUGCGAAGCCAGAACAUGCCAAAGCCUUGUUUAGGCGUGGUCAAGCUUUGACCGGGCUGGGGCGACACGUCGACGCUGCCAAGUGCCUAGAAGCCGUCAAGGUCUUGGAGCCACAGAGCGAGGAGGUUGCCGCGGCCCUGCGGCGGGCCCAAGGGGCGGCAGCGCAGGCGCGCGGAAAGUUCGACUUUCGGCCGAUGCUCGCAGAGGCUUGUCUUCAAGAGACUCUACGACUGGAGCACAGCCGGCCCCUGAGCGAGUUCUGCAACGACGAUGCCAUGGAGCUGGUGGAGUGCAGCCAUGGCCUGGGUUGGAGGGCCAAGCGCGACAUUGCUGAAGGGGAGCUGUUGGUCGUCGGCAAGCCGCUGAUCUUCGCUGCCUACACAGAAUUGCGCCAGGGCAACCAUCAGAUCCUCGUUGACAAGGUUCUGGCAGCAAGUGGCUUUGAGCACGAAUGUCUCUCCAAACUCUGCGGGUUGCGCGACGCGCCUCCGCCGAAUGCGGGGAUCAUCAACGAGGAGACAGCGAGGGAGCUGCUGCGCAGAAACUGUGUGGUUUGCCACACCGGGAUUGGAGUUUGGCAUGAAGCAUCUUUUUUGAACCAUGCCGAUGCUCCAAAUGCAACUCGCUACUUCAUCGCUGAUUGGGUCCUGCUCCGUGCUAAGAAGGACAUUCCUGGAAACACAGAGGUAACCAUCUCCUACAUUGACGCCUGUGCCGACUACUUCCUUCAAGCAUCCUGGCUUGAGAGCCUAGCCGUCUCAGAUGUGGCUUUGAAAGAGCGCGCCCGACGCUGGCAAGAGACCACUGACCCCGAGCUGUUUGCUGUUCAGCGCAGCCUGUCCAGCAGCGACUUCGAGCGACCUAGCAGCGCAGGUGGGCCCUUGCAAGAGAAGCAGCGUUACCUGCGACAAUUCCAAGCGGAAGCCGGCUCAAUCUGGUGCUGGGGCCAGCUUGUACAGUGGCUUCGAGGCGUGAAGAUCGCAGCGCAGAACGCUGGAGAGAGAGUGUCGGCUCUGGGGGCGUCUUUGGCUGCUGCGGAGCUCCUUUCCCGGCACUUGGUCCACGACAUGCAAGUCUUGGAGGCGUGGGCAGAUUGCGCGGCCAUGCUGAUGGAUUUGCCUGAGAGCAUCUCAUCGACCCCGGAGUUUGCCCAGGUCAUGGGCCUGUGCAUCGACGAAAUGCAGGACAACAUCGAGUUCUUCUUUGGACGGAAGAGCGUGGAAGAUGUCGACUUUUCGACCUUGGUCCUUGAGUGGGCAACUUUGAGGUGGUUUCACCAGGCAAGGGCGGCUGCAGCCCAAGCCGUGGACCAGGGCCCAGUGCUAGGUGAGCUAGACUAG